ACGAGACUCUGUUGUGCACUAAGCACUUUUUCCAAAAAUAUGAGUUACGACCGACCACAUCGUGGCGGAGGGUAUAGACGACGUUAUAGAGACGACUAUGAUGACCGCCGACGCGAGUCCUACGAGUCUCCCCUCGACAAAUUUAAAGCUACCAUUAUCAAGUUUGGCGACGUUGAUGCAUUGGAGGAACUUCCUCGACUUGAAAAGUUCAUCCGCGAUGCCACCAACCACCCCGUCUCGGUUGUCUCCGAGUCUUUGCGCAUAGCCGUCACCGAGCAACCUUUCAAAAUUCCGUACUACGCGCUUUUGUUGAGGCAUUUGCACAACCCCAGUGACAAUGGCCCCUCGGAAGAUCCAACUAUUGGCCAGCAGAUCCUAGAGGACUUUUGGAAGGGCUUCCAGUCUUAUCUCGACCAGCAUUCAUGGAGGGAGACGCGACUUUGCAUUCAAUUCUUCGCGCAUCUCACUGUCGCUAAAUUAAUAUCAACAGACUCCAUGCUAACACUGCUCCAAUCCUUCACCGCUGUUCUUGAGGAGUUUGGCGUCUCGCUUGGCCGAGCGAAGCAGGCGGCAGUUUGUGCGGCGGAGGGACUCAUGAUCGGUGGACCUAUUCUCAAAGUGGACUCCCCCAUUCAAGUCCAAGAAAUCAUCAGCGCAAUUCAGGCUUACAACGACACGACUGCAAGCGCGAAAUGGAUCGUUGGUCCUCUCAACCGCGUAUAUACGGAUUCGACUCAAUUCCCGCUUGCCGAUGAGCAACUGGACAUUGUACUGCAUGCUCUGCGUGUUUUUGACGAAGCCGACUUCGCAGAGACGUCUUCAGUGUUUUUACAACCAUAUUCAACUUGUGAAGACCUUGAUCCCCUGACAUUCACUCCUUUCAACUUGCCCUCCGUCCUCGUUCCCCCAGAAGUCAUUGAGCUUGACAGCCUCUCGACGGAUGCCGGUGAGGAUACGCAAAUAAAGAAGGAAGAGUGGCCAGAGUAUUACAUCUCACUGUUUGACAACGAGGUUACCCCCGACCCCAAAACACCUGCUGGUUAUGCUGUGCGUUCUGGCCUCGCGGACAUACUCCAAAUAUUCGAAGUAAACCGGAAAGACUGUGCGCGUCUCUUAUUAGAUUUUCCGCGAUGGGUACCGCCUGGGACGUUCAAACCGAAACCAUCUCUCGAUGCCAACCCUCUUCCAGCACCCGAGCCGGUGCCCGGAAAGGACUGGCAACUGGAGAGCACCAUCGUCGAGAUCAUUCUUGGGAUGCUGUUUUUAUUGCCAGAAUCCCAACACAAAUCCGUGUACUAUAUGUCUCUGAUUACGGAGUUGUGCAAGUUGUCGCCCUCAACUGGUGGUCCCGCGGUCGGCAAAUCCUUCCGGAAAUUAUAUAGCCAGCUUGGUGAAGGCUUCGACGUUGAAAUCGCAAAACGUUUUUCUGAAUGGUUUUCCGUCCACAUGAGCAACUUUAACUUCGGUUGGGUGUGGAAGGAGUGGAUACCGGACCUUUCACUCACCGUCUACCAUCCCAAACGCGCCUUCAUACAACGCGCAAUCGAACUAGAAAUCCGGCUUUCUUACCAUGACCGGAUACUCAAAACUCUUCCCCCCGAAAUGCAAGCGCCAGAUAGCGAGACUAUCAGCGAAAAUGCUCCUGGUCCCGAUUUUGACUACGAUGAUCCAGCGAAACCUCAUCACGAUGUGGCACAAACAAUUCUCAACCUGUUUCGCGGUAGAGCAAAGGCCGAAGACGUUGUUUCUCGCAUCGAAGGACUGAAAGCAGCAUUAGAAACCUCUGAUGAGGUGGUCAAUACUGAUGCGCUGAUUCGCUCCAUCACCGUACAAUCGCUGCUUCAUGUUGGAGCUCGCUCCUUCUCUCAUUUGCUGAACGCUAUCGAACGAUAUUUGCCCUUGUUGCGCAACAUCGCGAGUGGCGGAACCUCCAUAGCGGUUGGUACUGGUAUAACGGAGGCGAAGGCGGACAUCCUAAGCAUCGCAGCUACGUUUUGGAAAAACAAUCGACAUAUGGUGGUAAUCGUGUUUGACAAACUGAUGCAAUACCAAAUUGUCGACCCAACGGACGUCGUGCAAUGGGUAUUCGUGCGUAGGGCUGAGCUUCCAGAGCUCAACUCUGCGACGGGCAUCAACAGUUUGCGAACCUUUGAAUGGGAGAUUAUCAAGGCUGCCUUGGAUAAGGCAAACGGACGAGUAACAACUGCGCGCAGAAGAGUGGUGGCUCUCAGAAAAGAGGAUGAUGAUAUUCGUGCCCGAGCUUUGGCUGACGGGGUGGCAAUGGAUGUUGAUGCGGACAUUAAAACAGAAGAAGCCCCUGCAGCAGAAAAUCCCGCUCUUACUACUGCACUAAAAGCAUUUGCCAGCUUAACGCGGGAACAAAAGGCUGCAUUAUCGAAAACUCUUGACGGUUUCGUUUCCUACUUAACACCUGCUUCCUCAGAAGCCCAAAGAAGGGCCAUUACAGAGGAGGGCUGGAAUGAUCGCGGAAGGUGGGACAAGGAGGAGUGGAAUACCUGGGAGACCUGGAACUGGUAUCGGCAUUUUUGUCGUCUGUAUGCGCCUUAUCUUCGCAGCUACUCAACGACACUCCAGACUGUAUCGUUUGCAAAGCUCGAGGGCUCGACGGAUCCAAGUGUUGAGCUGUUGAAAAAGACAUGGAACGUUGCAACUGGGCAAGAGUAA